AUGAAUUUCAAAUAUUUCCGGCGUGGGCGCGAUAGCAUGCUUAUAGACAGGGAUGACAUGAUUCUAUGGAGGCGACGUUAUCUUCGAACCAUUAAACGGUUGAGAGAUGAAGGCAGACCCAUUUACUAUUUGGACGACACGUGGGUGAGCGCAGGACAUACCCGAAGUUAUGUCUGGGUAGAUGACAUUAUAAAUUCCUCAAAACAAGCGUUUCUGUCCGCAUUAUCCACCGGAAGCAAGGGCCCAUCAUGUAAAGGGAAAUGUCUGAUUAUCGCACACAUUGGCAGCAAAGCAGGGUUCGUUGAAGUAUGUGUGUGGACUUUCGAAUCCAAGAAAAGUGGAGAUUAUCACGAGAAGAUGUGCGCCGAAACCUUCGAGAAGUGGUUUCAAGAUGUUCUUCCUCGGCUUCAGGUAAAAUGCGGUUAUUGUUCUUGA